AUGGAUUACUUUUCGUCGCUCAAUGCAUCGGCACUUGACCCGGACUCUCCUACUUUAUUCGAACUCAUCUCGGCACAUGAGCUUUCCGAUCUAAUUGGUCCCUCCCUUCGUUAUAUUCUCACACAUUAUGCCCAACGACACCCACGAUACCUUUUGCGGUUAGCAACGCGUUUCGAUGAAAUAUACGCAGCAGCAACAGCAGCUGUCGAAUACCAUCAUCUUAAAAACUGGAACUCCACAUUUACAGAAAAGUUUUACGGUGUUAAACGUGUGCGCGUGCUCCCGUCAGCAGGACAGCUACCCCGAGCCCGCCAUGCAGCCCCAAUCAUGGUCGACAAUAUGCGCCGACUUACUCACACGCAGGUAUUGCUUUCUGUGGCUGCAGCAGUCUUAGGCCCGUAUCUUCGUGAAAAGAUGGAUGCCAAGUACGAAACUCUCAAGGCUCGAGCACUCGUCCGUAAUAUGGACACAGAGUACGUGCGUAUCAUGAGUGAUGAGAAUGUGACUUGGACUGAAAAGUUUUGGUUUUUGCGUGACUACGUUUUUUUCAAGGUGUAUCCGGCUUUCACAGCAACCCGAUCAGCUAUAACAUUACUGUUUUAUCUUUCUUACAUGUUCAACAGACAGUCUAGUGCACACUCAUUGCUUGACUGGCUUUUGGGAUUCAAGUAUAGCCGGUUAAAUGCUAAUGAUUACGAUUUAGCUGAUAAACGUGCGGGUAUUGUUUCACAAGAUCUAUCUCCAGGCGGGUCGGGCCCAUCCGAUGAUGAUGACGAUAAUACACCUCUUUUGGGUCGACUCAUCAAUUUAGUUACCACACAGACAGGCCGGAAACAGAUAAGAGGGGCUGCUCUAAGCGGGUUAUCAUAUGCACUCCCCACUGCCAUGUUUUUGCUUAAAUUUUUGGAAUGGUGGUCAGCUUCGGAUUUUGCACAUAAAUUAGCAGCCACUGGUGGCCGCCGCGGAAUGCUUGAGGGGAACUUACCGACACCUCUACCUAGUAGUUUGGAAAAAUCAAAGGUGGAACAAGUAGAUGAAGAUGAUGAGGAAGAGGAGGAGGAAGAGCAAGAGAAAGAGAAAGAGGAAGAACAGGAAGUUUCGGAAAAAGUUUCUAUCAAUCUUCCUCGGGAAACUUACACCAAAAUAGUUCGCGACUCACGGUUGUGUCCGCUAUGUGCUGAGCCAGUUACCAACGCAACAGCCAUUGAAACUGGUGUGGUAUUUUGCUACCCAUGUAUUUAUAAACACCUAGAAAACGGUACUUCUGAGGAUGGUGGUCGAUGUCCAGUAACUGGAACUCGGUUGUUGCAAUGCCGAUAUAAUGCGGACCGUGAAACAUGGGACGUUGGAGGCUUGCGACGACUUAUGAUUUAG